UCCUGACAGUCACCUUUUAAAGUAAACUUUUUGAGAAAUCAUGUCUGGACGUGGAAAGACCGGAGGCAAAGCCAGGGCUAAGGCCAAGACCCGCUCCUCUCGUGCUGGGCUGCAGUUCCCAGUCGGCCGUGUUCACAGGCUGUUGAGGAAGGGCAACUACGCUGAGCGCGUGGGCGCUGGAGCUCCCGUCUAUCUGGCUGCAGUGCUGGAAUACCUGACUGCUGAGAUCCUGGAGUUGGCUGGAAACGCUGCUCGUGACAACAAGAAGACCAGGAUCAUCCCCCGCCAUCUGCAGCUGGCUGUCCGCAACGACGAGGAGCUCAACAAACUGCUUGGCGGAGUUACCAUCGCUCAGGGCGGUGUUCUUCCUAACAUCCAGGCUGUGUUGCUGCCCAAGAAAACCGAGAAACCGGCAAAGAAGUAAAUCUGCAGGCUCUCAAAAACAAACCAACGGCUCUUUUAAGAGCCACCCACAUUUCACUAAUGAGCGGGAUUUA